AUGUCUUUCUCUUUCCGUCACUACCUCGCCGCUGGCAUCCGUGGCAUGCGCGUCGCCACCGGCACAUCAUACGAGGAUGUUUUUGAUCAACUCUUCCAAGCUCUCAACGUUCUCCGUCGUGAAGCCGCCCAAAGUGGUGAUAUUCGGCCUUACUCUGAAGAAUAUUUCCCAGACGACAUCUAUGACCCGCCAAGUCCCGAGUAUAUCAACCUCACCGGCGUCCCUAGACAUGUCUCUUCCACCUCUGGCCCAGCUCAGCCAGGACACCAGUUCAAUAUCCCCAUUCGCCUCAGUGAAUAUCCCCAGCCCACUGCAUUUGUUCAGCCCACCGUUUACCCUACCGAUCCCAACGCCCCUGUUCCAGCUGUUCAUAACCCCCCACCCGAGCCCGUCUACAACCCACACACGGAAAUGCCGAGGAGGAAAGGCGACGAGGGAGACAGGCUCUGGCCCUGCGAAUACGACGGCUGCGAUGCCUCGUACACCCGCCGCAAAACGUUCCUUGAUGCACAGGCUGGUCCUUCCGGAUCCGCUCCUCAGCAUGAGGAGGACGUCAACAUGGAGGACUAG